CCCCCACAAUUAAUUGGACGAUCCAUCACAAAAAGAACCUCCUAAAUUUCUUGUUUUCUUAGAUCUAUAUCAUCUAUAUUUUUCUAAAUUUUAUAUUUCUCAGAUCUAUAUUUAUAUAUCUUCACACUUACUUUGUCAAAAGAAACAAUGAAAGUUUGAUCCUUUCCAACCCUAAACCCCAAUCGCCACAGCAACUUUCCACUCCCUUUUUUAUGUAAUUCCACUAUUGCAUACAUACAUACAUAUAUAUAUAUAUGUAUUCAUUCUUGGGUUUCUUGAUCAAAACCCACAACGAAAACGCGUAAGAGAGAAUUUACGAUUGAUCAUCAAGAAUUCAGAUUCUAUCUCAUCUCCUUCGACAUAAACGGCGUCGUUUUGCUCUAUACUAUGUGUGUUGUACUUCUGUCUUAACGAAUUGUAAGAUCCGAUCCCAUCCGAUCAGAUCAUAAAUCCUCAGUCAGUCUGCAAAACCCUACUAAAUCAAUGGGGAAAACGAACGGCCGAGAUUGGGCGCAGAUCUACGCAAUCUACGGCGUGGAUGAUUGGCAGACUCCAUUGUUCCUCUUCGUCCAUGGCGUCGUCUUCUCCGCUCUGUCCCUCGCCUUCCUUAUCUACUUCGAGCCCAUUUGCUUCUUUCUGCAGGGUUUCUUACCCGGCCCGGGCUCCGCCCGCUUCGCGGCCGGCUUCACCGGCUCCGUCACGGCCAUAUCCGCCGUGUGCCUCUUCUUCGCCGCCGCUAACUUCUUCUUCUCCGCCGUCUCCCUGCACUGGGAAAUGUCGCAGCGGAUUGUAUCCCUGGUCCCGGACUGGUCCUCCGUCAGGCACGCCCUGGACCUCGGCUGCGGCCGCGGCAUCCUCCUCAACGCCGUCGCACUGCAGCUGAAGAAAUCGGGAUCGUCGGGUCGGGUCGUGGGUCUGAACCCGGACCGAAAUCGGAAGAGGUCGGUUAGCCCGACCCGAACUUUGAGAACCGCCGGUCUGGAGGGCGUCCAGGAGUACGUCACGUGCCGCACGGGUGACCCGAGGGCGCUGCCGUUCGGCGACGGCUCGUUUGACGUGGUGGUGUCGGCGGCGUUCGUUCACACGGUGGGGAAGGAGUUCGGGCAGAAGACGGCGGCGGCGGCGGCGGAGCGGAUGCGGGUGGUGGGGGAGGCGGUGAGGGUGCUGAAGGCGGGAGGGGUGGGAGUGGUGUGGGACGUGGUGCACUCGGCGGAGUACGUGCAGAGACUGGCGGAGCUGAGGAUGGAGGAGAUAAGAGUGUCGGAGCGGGUGACGGCGUUCAUGGCCGGCAGCCACAUCGUUUCCUUCCGUAAGCCACGUCAGCAAUUCCAGGGCCCCGGAGAAGUCAGACUUGAUUGGAGAUUCAGCUAACCUAUUAAUUAUUAUUAUUAUUAUUAUUAUUAUUAUUAUAUUUUUGUUUCUUUAAUUUUGGUUUCAAUUUUUUAUUAUAAAUUUUUCA